CCGACUAGCUAGUAGUAGUAGCUAGCUGCGGCCCGCUGGCGAAAUGCGGGCUGGCGAACUGAUGACAAUGUGGGCUGGCGAAAUGCAGCACUUGUUUCUCGAGAAACCCACAUUCUCAGAGUCGGAGGUUGAGAAGUGGUAUUAGUAGGUAGCUAGCGCAGAGGAUCUGCUCAUCAACAUGGCCGCUCUAGCGUUGCGGUCGGCUGCUGCUCCUGCGUGUGCGGCAUUGACAUUUUCGAGCCCAGCAAGUCCGGCCGGCCAAAGUAAUCUCCGAAGUGGCGGGUGCUCCUUCCUUGCCUCCUGUUCCCAGCUUGUGACGCAGGCUCCUUCGUCUGUGGCUCCACCUCAGCGGCAUGCUAGCGUGAGGGCAGCAGAUCCUGACCUGGAAGACUUUGAAAAAAGGCUGGAGAGCUUGCGGAGGGUGCCCCGAGGGGAGGGUGCAAAGGCGCAAAAGCGGAAAGGGGCAGGGGCAGAGGAGCCAAGGAAAGGAGACGACAAGAAGGAGGUUUACCUUGAGCCUGUCUCACUGCAAGAGCCUGCAGUCAAUGGUGUUCCUUUGAGCCUAGGAUUUGCACCAUAUGCAGAGAUUCUGAAUGGGCAGCUGGCAUUGCUGGGGCUUGGGGCCCUGCUGAGUGUAGAGCUGUACACGGGGGGAGCAUUGGUCAACUUCCAUGAAGGUGGGACUAUUGGCACUCAAGCCUAUUUUAUUCUGGGGUUGAGUGCAAUGUUGAUCAAGUUCCAAAAAGAGAAAAUAAGUGUAUGGCCGGAGGGCAAGAAGUAGCUAAAGUAGGCAAUCAAUAGGGCUAUUCUGCAUCUCUUGGUGGCUUCGUAAAGCAUAUCAAGAGCUGCAGCUUGAAUUGGACUGAAGCUGCGUGAAACAAAAAGUUUGGUUGGUGACUUAGAUAGCAAGUUCAGUUGCUCACAUAAGGUUCGCAUAUUGAGUCAGUAACUCGACAUAUGGGCUGCUGCAUGAUGUUCUCUUUUGAUUGGUUCAGUUUGUAGGAGCAUAGCAGCCCAUAGACCUGUUGGAAAGCUGGUGCGCAGGCUCCACAUCUUAAGAUUCAACAAUUCGAUGGCCUCAAUCUUCCCCACUGUGCAUAAUAAUCUCGGUU